AUGCGAACUGACAGAAACUCUAGACAGAACAGAGCUGACAGAAACUCUAGACAGAAGAGACCUGACAGAAACUCUAGACAGAAGAGCGCUGACAGAAACUCUAGACAGAAGAGAGCUGGCAGAAACUCUAGACAGAAGAGAGCUGACAGAAACUCUAGACAGAUGCGAACUGACAGAAACUCUAGACAGAAGAGAGCGGACAGAAACUCUAGACAGAAGAGAGCUGACAGAAACACUAGACAGAAACGAGCUGACAGAAACUCUAAACAGAAGAGAGCUGACAGAAACUCUAGAAAGAAACAGAAGCGAGCUGACAGAAACUCUAGACAGAAGAGAGCUGACAGAAACUCUAGACAGAAGCGAGCUGACAGAAACUCUAGACAGAAGAGAGCUGACAGAAAUUCUGGACAGAAGAGAGCUGACAGAAACUCUUCGUCAUUGAAGUAUCAACCUUUUUGUAUAACCAUGAAACUAUAA